AUGGCCGACAUCACGGAUCAGCACGACCAGACGGCCGCGACCGAGCUCGACGACUCGCAGUCGGUCGGCAACGGCGCAGGUGCAGGCGCCGCCGAAUCGCGUGGAAUCAAGCGCCAGCGCCCCAGCACUGCCGACGAUGACGAUGAUGAUGACGAGAAGGGUGGCCGCGAGCGUCGUAAGAUUGAGAUUAAGUUCAUCAGCGACAAGUCGCGAAGGCACAUUACCUUCUCUAAGCGCAAAGCUGGCAUCAUGAAGAAGGCGUACGAGCUCUCUGUACUCACCGGGACACAGGUCCUGCUACUGGUGGUCUCUGAGACCGGCUUGGUAUACACCUUCACGACGCCUAAGUUGCAACCGCUCGUCACCAAGGCCGAGGGCAAGAACCUCAUUCAGGCUUGCCUCAAUGCCCCAGAGCCGACGCCUGGUAACGAGAACGGCAUGGAUGACCAGAACCAGGUCGACUCGCCCGAGGAGACGGCCAACAGCCACCUUCCUCAGAGGAACACUGCGAUGGCUCAGAACCCGCAUGUUCCUCCUCCAUACAUGCCGAAUGUCACGAUGGACCCCCAACAGGCCCUUGCCUACUCCAACUAUGUGCAGCAACAACGCGGUGCGCAAUAUAUGCCGCAGUCGGGACUUCCUCAGCACACCUCGCACCAGUCAUAA